AUGUCAAAAUCUCUGGAGCUCAAGGAGCAAGGCAAUCGCCAGUUUCAAAGCGGGGACUUUCUCGGUGCGGAAAGUCUGUACACAAAAGCCAUCAUAGCUGAUCCCAAAAAUGCCACUCUAUACACCAACCGCGCCAUGGCGCGCCUCAAGCUCUCACUCUGGGACUCCGUCAUCUCCGACUGCCAAACCUGCGUGUCCAUCACCCCGGACUCCAUGAAAGCGCACUACUAUCUCGCCCAGGCCUUCCUGCACAGCAAAGACUUUGACUCGGCGCUCACACACGCCCUCCGCGCGCAUGAGAUCUGCGCCAAAACCAACGACAAGUCCCUCACGCCGGUGACGGCCAUUGUGCUGCGGUGCAAGAAGGAGCGGUGGGAGCAUCUGGAGAAGAUACGCUCCAAGGAGGCGCAGGCGCUGGAGAGGACCGUACUGUGUCUGUUGAACAAGGAUGCGGAUGAGAUGCUGGCUGAUCCUAACGUGGGCGACUUUGAGAGGGGCUUGAUACGGGAGGAGAAUGAGCAGAGGAUAGAGCAGCUGAAGGGUGUUUUUGAGCGGGCGAGGGUGCAGAGUGAGCGGAGGAGAGAGGUGCCGGAGUGGGUUAUCGAUGAUAUCAGCUUUGGCAUCAUGGUUGAUCCUGUUAUUACGAAAACGGGCAAGUCGUAUGAACGGUCGGCCAUCAUGGAGCACCUCCGACGACAUCCUACUGAUCCGCUGACGCGAGAGGCUCUUUAUCCGUCGGAGCUGAGGCCAAAUCUUGCGCUGAAGCAGGCAUGCGAGGACUUUAUCAAUGAGAAUGGCUGGGCUGUGGAUUGGUGA